UUCACUCAAACUCAGGCAUAUACUUUUUCUAAAGGGGCGAUUAUCAGAUUAUGUCGCCAUUGUGUAUUAAAUAGAGAUAAGGGUACAGCCAUGGACGCCGAGAAGAGCUUGGAGAUUUAUGAAUUCGGUCCCUGUGAAGAUUCCUACCAAAUGGGUUUCUCCUUUGGCAACCAUUUCUCCAACCUCAUAAGAAGCAGACUCUCCACGGACUCCAUAUUCAACCACCAACUUCUCCCUUUCUCUCAAACCCCACAAGCACAGUCCCUCCUCCAUUCUCUCUCCCACAACAAUUCCACCAAGUUCCCAGAUUACUGGAACGAAAUGCGAGGAAUCGCAAAUGGAUCUGGAGUCCCUUUUCUUCAUAUUAUGAUAUUAAACUUCCGGAAAGAGAUUCUCCCGUUCAUCCCAAAGUCAGAAAAAAUUGAAGAUGAAGAGACGAUUGAUGACUGUUCAGAUAUUCUUGUUGUUAGUGAUACAAUGGCUGUUGCAGCUCAUAACGAAGAUGCUAAUGUCGCUCUUGUCGGCCAUACAUAUCUGAUUAAAGCAACACUAUCUAAUGGAUUAUCUUACACAGCUUACACAUACGCAGGCGAGCUCCCAAGCUGCGCAUUUGGUUUUAAUAACCAUGGUCUGGCGUUUACACUAAACUCGGUACCACCAGCGGAAUCAGAGAUUGUAGCUGGUGGGAUUGGCCGGAACUUCAUUUCUAGAGACCUUCUUGAAGCUAGAAGCAUCGAUGAUGCAAUUACUAGGAUUCGUUCAUCACAAGUUUCAAUCGGGCAUAGCUAUAAUUUAUUUGAUGUAAACUUAAGAAAGAUCCUGAACGUUGAGACUGCAUCAAGUCAACGAAUCUCAGUUCAUGAAAUCGGGUCAACCCCUUUCUUCCAUGCCAAUAUGUACCUUCAUCUUCAAGUUAACCAGGUACACGAUCAGAACUCAAUAAGCAGACAAAACCGAGCAGCUUUGCUUCCCAAAAAGUCAAAGGUUGACCUUCUUUCACUCCUUGGAGACACAGGUGAUGAAGAGUAUCCUAUCUAUAUGCAAGGUCCGACUCUUUACACCCUAUGUACGGCUGUGAUUGAUUUGGAUGAAAGAACAAUGACAAUAAUCAAAUCCAAUCCAAGAAAAGGCGUAGUCUCGUAUGUUUUCAUGAUCGAUAAACGCUCAUAAUUCUUUGUCUAUUUGAUUGUUUUGACAAUUUUGUAAGGAAUGUAAGCAUAUUAUGGUAUUGAAAACUGGAAAACAUGUUACAAUGAUAUGUAGAUUAUGCACACGGAAAAAGAAAAAGAAACAGAUAAUACGUUUAGAAUGAGAUCUUGUUAGAUUUAACCCGAGUGCCCGAUCUUUGACCCCGCGUUCGUGCUUCGAGUAGCUUUGACUUUAAGCUCGUUUGGUCCUUUGACUCGGGUGUGACUUUUGACUUUGACUCGGAAAUCUCAAGAUCUUCUAUGGGUAGCUUCGUGGUCCAUCCUCGAACAGGGCUCGGUUGACUUUCCCACACGGGUUUACUACCAGGGGCAUCGAAGUCAUUUCCCGUUUGUAAAUAGUGGUUUUUUAGUAAAUUAUCCAAGUAUUUCGAGUUCAAACCGACCUCUUCUUCGGUUAUUUCUACAUGGUUUUCCUCUUCGGUUUUUAUUUUUGUCUCUUCUUGACCUGAUAUCGCCUGAGCCAUUUGUUCUUCAAACUUGACCUGCAAGCUAGAAGAAUCACGACCUUUUCCGGUUACUUGGGUCGCAAGUUUCUUCUUACCGUGAUCCGGUUUCGUAGUUGAGUUUACGAUUUCGCCCUUUCCACGGGCAACCGGUUUAUCGAGCUCAAAACAAGGUGAAUCACCACCAUCUGAAGAACCAUCG